AUGUUGGAUACUUUCGAAAUAUUAACAACUUCCGGCGUCGUCCUGUGGUCGCGCACAUACGUACCCGUCGGCGCCAAUGUCAUCAACAGCUUAAUUCGCGAUGUCUUCAUCGAGGAGCGCAUACUACCACAGCCAGAAGAUGCUGGCUCGAAACCCACAUACAAGAAGGAGGGAUAUACGCUGAAGUGGACGGCUUCAAAAGAUCUGGGGCUCAUCUUUGUUGUAUACAAACUCCUUGACAAUGUGCGCGCGCUGUUCGUCGGUCUCUACGGCGAACAGCUAAAGACACAGCGCAGCAGUGUGGUGAACUGCGACAAGUUCGGAUCAUACUUCGACCGACAAAUGCACGACUUGGAAGGCGCAAGCGACUCCGGCGCUCCCAGCAUCAAGAUCUCUACACCGCCCUCGAGGAAGACGAGGCCUGGUGGAGGCAAGUUGUCGCGGAGAGACAAGAAGAAGGCAUCUGCAAUGAGCUCGGGGCCAGUAUCGUCCGGCGACGAGUCAUCUUCGAAGCGCAAGGGAAAGAGCGCGACAAAGAGGAACAGAGUCUGGGGCGAAUUUGGCGCCGAAGAGGAGGAUGACUCCGUGCUCGACUACUCACAGACGGACCUUCGUGACGAGAACUCUGAGAAUGAAGCCAUGGCGGAGAUCAAGCAGGAGACAUGGGGUCGCAAGACCAACAAGGGCGAGUUUGUACUCAAGGACCUGGACGAAGAGAUGGAUGCCAUCAUAUCAGCACAAAAUGCCAAGAAAGACAAAGAGGCGUCAACAGCAGCAUCAGGCGGACUCGUCGGAUCGAGUUUGGGCGCGAUAGGAGGGCUGUUCCGGAAUGUUGUAGGCGGAAAGACGCUCACAAAGGAGGAUCUCGUUAAGCCCAUCAAAGGCAUGGAAGAGCACCUACUAAAAAAGAAUGUCGCCCGCGAGGCUGUUGUGCGGUUAUGCGAGAGCGUAGAGCGCGAUCUCAUUGGCAUGAAGACGCCCAACUUCACCACCCUCACCAAAAUUCUCACCCCCACGUCCUCCCUCGACCUCCUCCGCGAAAUCGCCCACACAAACAGCUCCUCCCCGCGCCCCUACGUCCUCUCCAUCGUCGGCGUCAACGGCGUCGGCAAAUCCACAAACCUCUCCAAAAUCGCCUUCUUCCUGCUGCAAAACCACCACCGCGUCCUCAUCGCCGCCGCCGACACCUUCCGCUCCGGCGCCGUCGAGCAGCUGCGCGUGCACGUCAAGAACCUGCAGGAGCUUAGCAAAAGAGAAGGAGGUGAAGUCGACCUCUUCGAAAAGGGCUACGGAAAGGACGCGGCAAACAUCGCUGCCGACGCUGUCACGCAUGCACAGAAAAACGGCUUCAACGUCGUUCUCAUCGACACCGCGGGCCGCCGGCACAAUGACCAGCGCCUCAUGUCCAGCCUCGAAAAGUUCGCCAAGCUCGCAAACCCCGAUAAAAUCCUCAUGGUGGGCGAGGCGCUGGUGGGCACGGAUUCCGUCGCGCAGGCGCGCAAUUUCAACGCGAGUUUUGGCGCGGGAAGGAAGUUGGAUGGGUUUGUCAUUAGCAAGUGUGAUACCGUGGGCGAUAUGGUGGGCACGCUGGUGAGUAUGGUGCAUGCGACGGGGAUUCCGGUGGUCUUUUUGGGGACCGGCCAGCAUUAUAGUGAUUUGAGGACGUUGAAUGUUGGGGCGGUGACGAGGUUGUUGAUGUCGUAA